GACAAAAAAGUCAGAUACGCAUUAAAGUAUGUCAUAUAUGGGAGAUAUAUAGAUUCGCAGCUAAGACAUUAGACAUGGCAUUCUAACAACAACUGGAAUCGCUUCAGAGGGAGAGACUGAGAGCCAAUCGUAGUCUAGGGUUUAGAAAAUGGAUGCUCCAGCUCAGCCAUCAGACACCGUGAUGUCAGAGGCGGCCCCUCCUCCUCAAUCUGACCCACCGCCGCAGCCGGUGGCCGGGAUCGAGAAUAUUCCGGCCGCGCUCAGUCACGGUGGCCGAUUCAUCCAAUACAACAUAUUUGGCAACAUCUUCGAAGUCACCGCCAAGUACAAGCCCCCCAUCAUGCCCAUCGGUAAAGGAGCGUACGGCAUAGUAUGUUCCGCCUUGAAUUCAGAGACCAAUGAGCACGUUGCAAUAAAGAAGAUAGCGAAUGCCUUCGACAAUAGAGUUGAUGCAAAGAGGACUCUACGCGAGAUCAAACUACUCCGUCACAUGGAUCAUGAAAACGUUGUUGCAAUAAGAGAUAUAAUACCGCCACCUCAGAGGGAGAUAUUUAAUGAUGUUUACAUUGCAUAUGAGCUUAUGGACACUGAUCUCCACCAAAUCAUUCGUUCCAAUCAAGCAUUAUCAGAGGAGCACUGUCAGUAUUUCUUGUAUCAGAUACUCCGUGGGUUAAAAUACAUACAUUCCGCGAAUGUGCUGCAUAGAGACUUAAAGCCUAGCAAUCUCCUCUUGAAUGCCAAUUGUGAUCUAAAAAUAUGUGAUUUUGGACUAGCCCGUGUCACUUCAGAAACUGAUUUUAUGACAGAAUAUGUUGUUACAAGAUGGUAUCGGGCACCAGAGCUGUUGUUAAAUUCUUCAGAUUAUACUGCCGCCAUUGAUGUGUGGUCAGUUGGUUGCAUUUUCAUGGAACUAAUGGAUAGGAAGCCUCUUUUUCCUGGAAGAGAUCAUGUGCACCAGCUACGCCUGCUUAUGGAGCUGAUUGGCACACCAUCAGAGGCUGAAUUGGGGUUUUUGAAUGAAAAUGCAAAGAGAUACAUUCGUCAACUUCCUCCUUAUCGUCGCCAGUCACUUACUGAGAAAUUUCCACGUGUCCACCCUGCAGCUAUUGAUCUUGUUGAGAAAAUGCUAACAUUUGAUCCUAGACAGAGGAUUACAGUGGAAGAUGCACUAGCACAUCCCUACCUAACGUCACUCCACGAUAUUAGCGAUGAACCAACCUGCAUGACUCCAUUCAACUUCGACUUUGAGCAGCAUGCUCUGAGUGAGGAACAGAUGAAGGAGCUGAUUUACAGAGAGGCUCUCGCAUUUAAUCCCGAGUAUCAUCGCAUGUGAUUUGAAUAUUGUGGCUUUAAUCAGUGUGGUGUUCAAGAUUUGUAUGAUUAAUGAUCUAUUUCUUCAUGUAUAUAUGUUCCAUCCGAAACCUGGAUGGCUUUGAAAAUGAUACAUUUUAUUAUGGGCAGAGUUCUGACUUCUGAGUACUGAGAACUAAAAGGGGAUUUGUAUGGGUGCUUUCCUUUUGUACUUUUAAUUUAUUGUAGCCUAACGUCAGGUCAAAAAAAAAAAAAAACAGACUGACGCUGGAAUUCUGGUCUUUAGGUUUUUUUCUUUUUUGUGUUUUUAAUUCUAGGUUCUUCCGAAGCCUUCAAUUAUUCAAAACACAAGAAAUUAAUCAAACCAUAAUUUAUUUUUUGGGUGCUAGAAUAA